AUGUCGGAUGCUCGGAUCAAAUUUGAGUUUCCUCAAAUGUCUGCUGUAAAAGAGGACGAGGAAUGGUUUGUCCCUCCGGCACCUAUCCUUAGUGGUGCUCAUGUCACAGGAAUUGAUUCUUACCGGGAAAUGUAUAACAACUCCAUCAAUAAUGCCGAUGAAUUUUGGAGAACAGUAGCUAAAGAGCUUUACUUCGAAGAGACGUCCAAGAAGGGGCUGGAAUGGAAUUUCGAUUGUCGUAAGGGGGAUAUUUAUGUGCGCUUUAUGGAAGGUGCAAGGACGAACAUUGCAUAUAAUUGCUUGGAACAAAACAUUAAGAAAGGAUAUGGCUCUCGCACGGCGUUGUUGUGGGAAGGUAAUGAGCCUGGUGAUUGUUGUUCUAUUACAUUUCAAGAUCUGUUUGACAAAGUCGUCGUUUUUUCUGCUAUCCUGCGAUCUCAUGGAGUUAAGAAGGGCGAUGUUGUGGUGAUUUAUUUACCGAUGAUACUUGAAUUACCGAUAGCAAUGUUAUCAUGUGCUAGAAUCGGUGCUGUUCACGCGGUAGUGUUUGCUGGAUUUAGUGCUGAUGCUUUGGCAGCUCGAAUACGUCAAACAGAAUCCCGUAUUCUGAUCACUGCAGAUGGAUAUUAUCGAGGCAAGAAGCUUGUAACACUAAAAAUGAUAGCUGACGAUGCUCUUGCUGAAUGCAAUGUGUCGGGUAGACCGGUGGAAAAAGUCAUUGUUGUGCAACAUUUAAAACGUGUUCGGAAACCGGACAGUACUGCUUCCAUCGACGUCAAAUUAGAUCCAAAACGGGAUGUUAUAUGGGAUAAAGAAAUGGAACGGUGCAAAGGAAUGAAUUCUGAGAUAGAAUGGAACGAUGCAGAAGAUCCUCUCUUUAUUCUUUACACUUCUGGUUCAACGGGUCGACCAAAAGGAAUCGUGCAUACUACUGCUGGUUACAUGACGUAUACCUAUGCUACUGUCAAAUUUGUUUUUGAUGCUGAUCCAGAAAGGGAUAUAUAUUGGUGCACAGCUGAUUGUGGCUGGAUUACUGGACACUCGUAUCUUGUGUAUGGGCCACUUCUUAAUGGUUUGACAUGUGUUAUAUAUGAGGGCGUACCGAGUUAUCCAACACCAUCACGGAUGUGGCAGAUUGUAGAGAAGUACAAAGUUACAACCUUAUAUACUGCACCAACAGCGGUGCGUGCUUUGAUGGCUUUUGGCGAUCAAUAUGUUACACCGUACAAUCGUUCAUCGCUACGUUUGCUGGGAUCAGUUGGUGAACCAAUUAAUCCAGUAGCAUGGAAGUGGCUGCAUAAGGUUGUUGGUGAAAGUCGCUGUGUUGUUCUUGAUACUUACUGGCAGACAGAAACAGGAGGACAUACGAUUACGCCAUUACCGGCAGCAAUUCCCUGCAAACCUGGUAGUGCAACACUUCCCUUUUUUGGAGUAGAACCGGUUAUUAUUGAUGAGGAAGGUCGAGAAAUCGAAGGAGCUGGUAAAGGAACUUUGUGUUUCAAGCGAGCUUGGCCCGGUAUAAGUAGAAGCAUUUUGGGUGAUCAUGACCGAUUUAUGAGCACAUAUUUUUCGCCGUACCCGGGCUACUUUUUUACUGGUGAUGGAGCACGUCGAGAUGCUGAUGGUUACUACUGGAUUACAGGGCGCAUUGAUGAUCUUAUGAAUGUAUCAGGUCAUUUACUGUCUACUGCUGAAAUUGAGUCUGCGCUAGUUUCGGAUAACGAUGUAGUGGAAGCAGCUGUAGUUGCGGCACCGCAUGACAUCAAAGGCAGCUUUCCAUAUGCAUUCAUCACAUUACGAUUGGGCGUAAAACUUACAGAAAGAAAAAUUGAGGAUCUGAAACUUUUGGUUCGAAAAAAAAUUGGUGCGAUUGCUGUACCAGACGUUAUACAAGUAGCUCCUGGACUACCUAAAACACGAUCAGGAAAGGUAACACGUCGUAUAUUACGGAAAAUCGCUGAAGGUGAUAAGGCUGCAGAUUUAGGCGACACUACUACACUUAUUGAUGAAACGGUUAUUGCUCACUUGUGGAGUGGUCGAUCAGAAACACGGACUGGUUGA